AUGUCAACACCAAACAACGACACCACUGAUGAUCAGAAGGAUCUAUUCCGAAGGUCACAAGUCAUCCCAAAAAGAAAGAGAGAGUUCAUCAUCGUCGGUAAUAAAAUUGCGUACGCAACACAAGACGCAUUAGUUAGUUUCAUCUCGGAGUCUUGUUGUGACAACGUAACUCGAGAGGCGUUUGUAUUCACAUUUCGAUGUUACACAGAACAGAACGUCGUCUUGCAAAAGUUUUUGGAGAUAUAUCAAGCGAACCCAAAGCAACACGAAACUAUUAUAGAUAUCAUGAUACAAUAUAUCUCUAAAGUCAUGACAAUAUCUGAUAAGACGACUUUGGACUUAAUGAAUACACUCAUAAAACUCCAUCAUAUAGAAGACCCAGCUAAGGCAGAUUACUUGGAGGCGUUACUUUCAAAAUCUCAAACGCAAAUAUUUAUCCCUCCUACAACAGCUGAUACAACACUUUCUCAACAAAUGUUUGACUUGGACUAUUUGAGACAACAAAAAGUAUUUGAACCUUCGAAGAGUCCACAACCAAAAUUUGGCGAAAUUCCGCCAUCAAAAUCGCCAAAUUUACAAAAGCAGUCGAUUGUCAUUGGACAGAAACCAAUUUUGGUCGACAACCCAAGUGCAGUCAAAAAGGUCUCCGACGACUUGCAACAGCCGACUUCUCGUGUCCAGACAUCUUAUUUUGGGAAUGUGAAUUUGUCGCAGACAGUGGCUUACCCCAAAACAGAUCGUUCAAACGUUCGAACUAAAUUGCCACAAACACUUCCGAUCUAUUUAUCCGAGUUGGACUUCAUCAAUAUACCCGCAAAGGUCUUUGCACAGCAAAUCACAUUAAUCGAGUUCAACAAGUUCAUUGCGAUUCCAAUCUCUGAGUUGUACUUUUGGGACUCUUCUCAGAGAGAAAACUCUUCUCCGAACAUCAUGGAUUUCUUAGAACACAACAAAAAGAUGUCGCAUUGGUAUAUCCAACUGUUGUUACUCUCACCGAAAUCAAGAAGACUCCAAGUGUUACGCAGAUUAAUAGAGGUUGGAGUCCGAAUGAAUGAUUUAAAUAACUGGAGUGGCUUGGUAGAGGUCACUACGGCACUUGAUGCGUUUCCAGUGUAUAGGCUUCAGAAAUUAUUUUUGCAGUUAGACGAGAACGACAUCGAGAAUCUGAGGCGAAUAAAAGAGAUGGGGAGUAUGGACGAAUUGUUAAUGAACGACAAUGGGAUCAUCCCUGGCGCUUGUGUUCCAUUUAUUCAAAAGUAUUUAAAAAAGUUUGUGGACAUCAAUAAAAUGAUGCGGCCGAGUAUCAUGGCGAACGACUUCACUUUGAUUAACGUGGAGAAGUGCAGAGCACUAAGUAAGUACAUUAUAGACUGGAUUCAAUGCACGAAGUAUCCGUAUCCAUUUGGGUGUAAUACUAUUAUACAAGACUGGAUUUAUAAUUGUUUGGAGUGUGUAAAGUGUGAGGAGCGCAUCGAAGCUGGGUGGAGUCUUAAAAUCGAGCGCAAAAAGUUAAAUGAAAGUGGGGAGAAAGUGUGUGACAUUAAUUUGCUUGAGUACUCGACGGAAGAUAUGGUCUUCCCCAAUCGCGUGCAAGUUGGGGUUGGGUUGACGAUAUACAAAUUGAUGAAUUUUUUGAAUACGUCAGGGAUCUUUGUGUUACUCCCAACACCAAAAAAGCCGCAAGGAAUGAUAUUAUCAAUAGAUGACACCAUUGGUAAUAUCAUACUGAAAACGCAGAAUUACAUGACUGAAGACUCGAUGUAUGGCAUAGUGAAAGAAAUUGUCGAAAUCAAAGUUGUCUUGGCUUCACAUGAGAAGCCGACGGACAUAUUCCGAUUAAAAAGGAUAUGGGUGGACCCGACACAGAGUGUAGUGCAAAAUAUCAUUUGGAUCAAACACGUGUUGGGUAUCGAAGACACGUUUGAAGGGGAAUUCUAUGAUGAAAAGUAUCUGUUCUUGUGGAGAGAAGACAUUUUCUCGCAAUUCCAAGUGCUUUCGCCGUUCAGUAAGAAUGUGUUUAAGACCGAUGGGGUACUCAUGUUGGUACCAGCACGAAAUGUAGUAGCUCCAAUAGACUUGGACAAUAGUGCAGAGAGAUUUGAAGUGACAAUGGGAGUACUGGAAGGUAUUGAGUCUGAUAAUAAGACCAAAAUGACGUGUUACACGAUGGUCAUGAGAAACUCGUUACUGUAUUUCUAUUCACAAAAAGAUACGCAUGUGAUAGCAUUAGGGUAUUACAAAGUGAAGGUAAUUUAUGAUGUGAAACGAGAUGAAAACCUCAUACUCUUAGUUGAAUGUAGUGACUCUUCUGAGAUGAAUGGGGUUAUUAUUAUUCUUGAUAAAAGUAAAGUGAAAGAAGCGACAUUCUCGACACUUGAUUUGGCAGAGAAGUUGUCACAGUUUUGUGUGUCGUCACAAGGGAAAAGGUGUAUAGGUGUUGCUCUUGAGAAUUUAGGUGGGAAUGGGAUACCACGGAUAUACGACGAGUUGUUGAAUUGCGUGUUUACAACCGAGGACUUAGCUAUGAGUGAUUCCUAUUUUGAUAUCACAUAUGCACCUAAAAAGUUUAUGGAAGGGAUGCUAAAAAUAGAAGAUGGUGUUAUCCCAGCCGACCCAAUA